AAUCAUCCCUUCCACCUGGUCUGGCUACAUCUUGCCUAGGAAAAAAGUCUCUCUUUCUGGGAUUUUCGAGCUAGAAAACUAACUUUAAAUCGUCAUCAGAUGCCAAUAGCACAAGCAGAGCUUUUCCUCAGAAAAGUUGUCGGUGAUGUUCGGGUGGAGUUCUACAGUCUCGAUGGUGAGAGCGAAUAUUUUGGAGUAUGAGUGAGUGUUCUACCUACAGAGGCGGGUGAUCAGUGGUGGACUAAAGCAACGGGAUUGUCCUGAAUUGAGAGUGGAGUGGUUGCUGGCCUGGCAGCCACGGUGUAUAGUAUUGAUUCCUUAGCGAAGGGUUUGGCCUGCCCAAGAUGGUAUUGCAUUAUUCGCCUUGAAACCUGCAACAACAACAACACCAACACCAACAACGUCCUUGGCCUCCCGAGCAACCUACUUUUCAAGUUGAACAAGAGCAAAUAUUCACUCUCGUUCCACAUCAAGUUCAAGCAGCCAAAGAUGUAUGUGAUUUGAAGGGUUCGUGUUCCAAACUAAGUGCUUUUCUUCCGGGUACCCACCCAUCUGAUCUGGUACAUCGAAUCAACAGACAUGACGUGGAUGAAAUACAUGUGCCUUGUGGUUCUGGUGGGAUUGGGAAAACAAGUGCGAUGUCAAAAAUGGGUCGAUCCACCGCCAAAGUAUCAGUGUCCUGAGGAUUGGGAGAUCUAUCCGUGCAAAUGUAUUAGUGAUGGGGAUGAAGGGCUUCACGUGGAGUGUUCCAACACCAACUUGGCCGCCGUGGGAUAUGCCAUCAAACUCGUGAAGCCUCUCAUACACACUCUGGUGAUCUCGAAUUGUAACAUAGAGAAAUUGUAUGGCAACAUUUUUAAUCCUCUGACAUUAAAAGUGCUGUGGGUGGUGGACACGCCUAUAAGAGAUGUUAGCGAUGGCACUUUCGACGGGAUUGGCGCGUCUCUGCGUGAGCUGUACAUCCAUAACACAUGGCUUUCGAGGGUGCCACCAGCGGUGAAGAACUUAACCAAUUUGGUCAAACUCGAGAUCGAUGGGAGUCGUAUCAAGUAUCUUCCACCCAAGGUUUUCGAUGGCAUGUCAGCACUCCUGGACCUAAAAGUGAGCGAGUCCGAGGUGGAGAACAUUCACGCAGGCGUUUUCAGCGGCCUUAGACGCCUCAAACGCUUGAGCUUGUACAAUAACAAAAUCGUGACCUUCCCAAAAGACACAUUCAAGGCGCAAAUCAAUUUGGAGUACUUGGAUCUAUCGCACAAUCAAUUUCCCAAACUUGAGCCUCACUACUUCCUUCCUCUGAGCAAACUGUUGUGGUGCAAUGUGUCUCACAAUGAGAUUCCCACUUUGAACAGCCGCGUGUUCUCGCGCAAUUCCGUCCUUCGGGUCCUUCAUUUGAACCACAAUCAAUUGACGAGUUUGGACGCGAAUUCCUUCCGAGGCAUGCGAUUUAUGAGGCGAUUGUACAUGUCCGACAAUCAAAUCAAGAGAGUAGGCCGAGGUGCUUUUCGAGGGGUCUCGAGAAUUGGAACCAUCGACUUGGCCAGAAAUAAUCUCACAACAGUGGACUUCCAAAUGUUCUCUGACCUUCGUUUCAUCGACACCAUUGAUCUGGCGGAAAACAACAUCAAAGAAGUUCACAGGGAGUCAUUUAAGAACAUCUAUCUGACCAAGAUCAACAUCAGUCACAACGUUUUGGACACGCUGCCUGAGGGGGCGUUCCGCGGGUGCGAAAACAUGACAUUUCUCGAUUUGUCCCACAAUCGACUGACAACUAUCGAUCCCGAAGCUUUCGAUGAUAGCACCUACGCCGGCGAGAUGUUCCUUCAAUAUAAUCAACUGACUUCGUUGGCUGAUGUGCCCAUGAAGAACCAACGAGGCAUUCGUUUGCUCAACGUCAGUCAUAAUGACUUAAUGGAUAUUCCGAAAAAUUCCUUUCCCAAACUUUUCGAGCUGCAUACUAUCGAUUUCUCCUACAAUAACAUCUCUGACAUCGGGCGAAGUGUGUUUACACCUCUUUUCAGCUUACGAUUCCUCUAUUUCCAACAUAACAGUCUCACCACAUUAGAGUCUUCGACCUUUGGCAAGCUGCCGAGCUUGCUCGAGAUGGAUCUGAGUUACAACCAACUGCAAAAUGUCCGUCGAAGCGUGUUCAGCGGCCUGAAUUCCAUUCGGACUAUUCACAUUGACCACAAUCGUCUGGGUGAAAUUCCGUCUCCACCCAUCUCUUUAAAUCAUCUCCAUGUCGCUCACAACGAGGUCACCCGAAUCAAGGGUCGCCAAGCUUGGCCCACCAUGAACUCGUUGAUCGUUUUGGAUCUCGAUUAUAACAGAUUAGGAGAUUCUAUCGAAGGAGGUCGGUUCGACAACUUGAACACUGUGGGUACGCUCAAGUUGCGUGGUAACAACAUCACUCGACCCCCUUGGGAGGCCUUAGGAGCCUUGCAGUCGCUUCGCACUCUCCAUUUGGAUGAUAAUCUUAUGACUAAUCUUACCCAAAGAGCGUUCGGAAGACUCCCAGCCACGGCUGAAAUCACUCUCAGUGGUAACCAGCUCAAUAACAUUUCGAUGAAUGCAUUCGAGGGUCUCUUGCAAAUACAACAUCUGGACCUGAGUCGGAACAAUCUGUCAUAUAUUCCUCCAGGAGCAUUCCAAAGUUUGACAGCCGUGAGGACCCUCAAUCUAUCUCAUAACCAUUUGGAUCGACUUCAAAAUAAAACUCAUGGAGUUUUUGAAGAUCUCCAGUCUUUGAGAUGGUUGGAUUUGAGUUAUAAUCGGAUUCCCUUUGUGACAAAGAAGAUGUUCCCUGAGAACAAGUGGAUCCCCUAUCGUUUGGAGUGGUUGGAUCUCUCCCACAAUAGUAUGCCAGUGCUGACGAAAGAAAUUCUCACUGGCACCAAGCAUCUUCUCCACUUGAAUGUGAGCCACAACAUGCUCAACGAUAUCCGACGAGGAAUCUUAACUAAUUUCACGACAUUGGAGACUUUGGACAUCUCGGGCAAUCAGUUGGAUGACAAAGUGUUUAUGGACGGACGCUUCGGAAUCAUGCCCAACUUAACAGUCUUCCGGAUGGCAAACAAUUCGUUCUUUUCGCUCCCGGUCGAGCAACUUGUGGAGCACAAAGAACUACGUCUUUUGGACGUGAGUUUUAACAAGCUAACUGCUUUUCACCCUGGCUUGGCACAUAACAUCAAGAAAGGCCUGGAUAUCCACUACGAAGGAAAUCAGUUGAAAUGUGAUUGCUUGCUUCGUCCAGUGGCGUAUUGGCUGAUUUCCGUAGGAAGACUCCGCGGUCGAGCUGGUCCAUGGGAUAAAACCAUUUGUCAAUCCCCCAAGUAUCUCCAGGGUCGAUCGGUGGGAUCUUUAUUGGAGGAGCAACUCAUUUGCGAUGACAACGAUCUAGCCAACCAGUUUAAACUUAAUCCGGAUGUGGUCUUCCAGAAAAUCAUACCGGAGGAUGAUCUUCUCAAAUUCCGUUGGAGCGUCAAUACGAAUGAGGAUGUGGCGGAUUUCCGGUUGGAACUCAAAACCAAAUCAUUUCCACCUCAAACAAUCUUUGAGAAGGAUGUGACUUAUUCUGAGCGUUAUGGUGAAGUGCCCACUUCGAACCAAGAAGCAUCUUUAUGCAUAUUCGGCAAGACUUCUACUGGCCGAGUCCGAUCCUGGCGGCAGCAACAAUGCCAGAAUAUUGGAGACGUAUUGGCCUCAAGUUCAUCGAUUCACUACUUCCCCUUGUCAUCGUCUUGGGCCAAACUUAUUUUGUCCGCUCUUUUAAGCAGGCUUUCGCUCCUGACUCUUGCGUAAUACCACCACUACUAACAACAACAACAACAACAACAACGGCAGCCACGCUUUAAGCUUGUUUUUCUCCACAUCACUUUCCCGUUUAGAAGGCCAGAGAAAAUGAUGGCUCGGACGGAAAGCCACUUGUCUUGCUUUGUACUACUAUGUAUGUACUCGUACUCCUACGUGCGCGUAUAUGCAUGAGGAUUGAACAAGUAGCAACUGUGGGGAGAGAGAGAGAGUGAAACAUGGCACAUGGUGUCGUUUUAUCCUUGAUACUAGACAGGCUACUGAAGAGCAUGCAUGAUCAGUGUGCUCAUUUGAAGGCAUUUUCGUGAACCUAAUGUGCAAUGAAUACCGAAGGUUAUAAUAAAGUGAACAUGAUUUCAA